GAGCUGCAGUCCCUUUCCUAAAGGCUAGGUGAGGGCGUGAGAUCUCGAGUAGUCGCCGGGAGCCGCUAGCAGGUGGCGGGAGAUGGGCGGUGCGUGCUAGCCGUCGGCUCCCGAGAGCUACGAAGUCGUCCGUCCUAGCUCCUCCGGUGGCCGUGCCCUGUCGACAUGCCCGAGGAGGCGGGCUUUCCGCCAGCUAAGAGAUUCCGGCAGGGCUCGGGGCCUCCGAGCCACGCCGGGUCCUGCCCUCCCGCGAGGCGAGCGGUAAUGCUGCUGAGCGCGGGCAGCGGUGGUGGAGGAGGAGGCCGGCGGCGGCAGACGUCCCUGGCCCAGCCCUCAGCCAGCCCCUACCCCGAGGCUGUGGAGUUCCAGCGCCGGAGUCUGCCCAUUUUCCAGGCGCGCGGGCAACUGUUGGCCCAGCUCCGAAACCUGGACAGCGCCAUCCUCAUCGGGGAAACUGGCUCUGGGAAGACGACUCAGAUCCCUCAGUACCUCUACGAAGGGGGGAUUGGCCGCCAGGGCGUCAUUGCUGUGACCCAGCCUCGUCGCGUGGCUGCCAUCUCUCUUGCUACUAGAGUCUCAGAUGAGAAGGGAACUGAACUUGGGAAGCUGGUUGGCUAUACAGUGCGCUUUGAUGAUGUCACCUCAGAAGACACCAGGAUCAAGUUCCUGACAGACGGCAUGCUUCUGCGAGAAGCAAUUUCAGACUCCCUGCUUCGGAAGUACAGCUGUGUCAUUUUGGAUGAAGCCCACGAAAGGACUAUCCACACAGAUGUGCUCUUUGGAGUGGUAAAAGCUGCUCAAAAGAGACGAAAGGAGCUGGGGAAACUGCCACUCAAGGUGGUUGUGAUGUCAGCUACAAUGGAUGUGGACCUGUUCUCUCAGUACUUCAAUGGAGCCCCUGUCCUCUACUUGGAGGGUCGGCAGCAUCCAAUCCAGAUUUUUUACACGAAACAACCUCAGCCAGAUUAUCUGCACGCAGCACUUGUCUCAGUCUUCCAGAUUCACCAGGAAGCCCCUUCUUCUCAGGACAUCCUGGUGUUCCUCACUGGUCAGGAGGAAAUUGAAGCAAUGAGCAAGACCUGCCGAGACAUUGCAAAGCACCUUCCAGAUGGCUGCCCCUCCAUGCUGGUCCUUCCUCUGUACGCCUCCUUGCCCUAUGCCCAGCAGCUCCGUGUCUUCCAGGGGACCCCAAAGGGCUAUCGCAAAGUGAUCAUUUCAACCAACAUCGCUGAAACCUCCAUAACCAUUACAGGAAUAAAAUAUGUAGUUGACACGGGCAUGGUUAAAGCAAAGAAGUAUAACCCUGACAGUGGCCUGGAAGUGUUAGCUGUGCAGCGGGUGUCAAAGACCCAGGCAUGGCAACGCACAGGACGUGCUGGCAGAGAGGACAGUGGCAUCUGUUACCGGCUAUACACAGAGGAUGAGUUUGAGAAGUUUGAGAAGAUGACCGUGCCGGAGAUCCAAAGGUGUAACCUGGCGAGCGUGAUGCUGCAGCUGCUAGCAAUGAAAGUCCCCAACGUGCUCACCUUUGACUUCAUGUCCAAACCGUCUCCUGAUCAUGUUCAGGCGGCCAUUGUCCAACUGGACCUGUUGGGUGCUCUUGAACGUAAGGACGACCAGCUUACCCUGACUCCAGUUGGAAGAAAGAUGGCAGCAUUUCCUUUAGAACCCAAAUUUGCCAAAACCAUCCUCCUGUCCCCCAAAUUCCACUGUACGGAGGAGAUACUGACCAUCGUCUCCCUGCUGUCUGUGGACAGUGUUCUCUACAACCCUCCCUCCCGGCGGGAUGAAGUGCAGGGUGUCCGGAAGAAGUUCAUAUCCAGCGAGGGCGACCACAUUACCCUGCUCAAUAUCUACCGGACCUUCAAAAACAUAGGCGGAAAUAAGGACUGGUGCAAAGAGAAUUUUAUCAACAGCAAGAAUAUGAUGCUAGUAGCUGAAGUCAGAGCACAGCUAAGAGAUAUCUGCUUAAAGAUGUCAAUGCCAAUCAUGUCAUCCCGAGGGGACAUGGAGAAUGUCCGCCGCUGCCUGGCUCACAGCCUCUUCAUGAGCACCGCUGAGCUUCAGCCGGACGGUACCUAUGCCACCACAGACACUCACCAGCCAGUGGCCAUCCACCCCUCGUCCGUCCUCUUCCACUGCAAGCCUGCCUGCGUCGUGUACACUGAACUGCUCCACACCAGCAAGUGCUACAUGCGAGACCUCUGCGUGGUGGAUGCCGAGUGGUUGUAUGAGGCCGCCCCAGAGUAUUUCCGGAGGAAGCUGAGAACCGCCAGAAACUGAGCCGCCCCAGGCCACUGCCCGAACUGCUGGGGCCUAGGAGCUGGGACCACAGCCAUUCUCAUAGCAGACUUCCCACCUGGUGCCUAGUGAGGUGGCAGGUUCUAAUGUAGUGGAACAUGCCCAACUUCCUGGAGCUCGUAGGCAUCUUUCUUUAAAUUCCUUAGACUGAACCAUGUAGGCAUGUACCACCAUUUAUACCUUUGAAACAUCAAAA